GCCGGACAUGGGCCGCGCCGACCCCGCCGCCGGGCGCACGCAGCUCCGGGGACCCAGGGCUAUGAACCGCUCCUUACCCACCAUCCCAGUCGGAUUUCAUUGCCUCUGAGCUCAGCGCAGCCGGCCAGGGGGAUUCCCCCCUGACCCCCGGCGACACCCCCACCGUCCACCAUGCCAAUCCUCAAGCAGCUGGUGUCCAGCUCGGUGCACUCGAAGCGUCGCUCUCGGCUGGACCUGACGGCUGAGAUGAUCAGCGCCCCCUUGGGCGACUUUCGCCACACCAUGCAUGUGGGCCGGGCAGGCGAUGCCUUCGGGGACACAUCUUUCCUCCACAGCAAGGCCAGCGAGCUGGACGGGGAGUCCCUGGAUGAGCAGCCCGCAGCCUCGACGGCCACCAAACGUGGCCUCCUGUCCCGGAAGUUCCGUGGCAGCAAACGGUCCCAGUCAGUGACUCGGGGCGAGCGAGAGCAGCAACAGCAGCAGAGAGACAUGCUGGGCUCCUUGCGUGACUCGGCCCUGUUCGUCAAGAACGCCAUGUCCCUGCCCCAGCUGCACGACAAGGAGGCGACUGAAAAGGGGUCCGGCCAGCUGCAGAGCCUGUCGUCCAGCCCCGUCAAGAAGGCCAGCGAGGGAGGCCCGGGAGGAAGAAGAGGCAGCAGGGGCCAUCCACGUCCAGCCUCGACGGGGUGUCCCGGAGGAACCGGAUCCGCCACCCCUCAUCAGCGCUUUGCCGACCCGCUCCUGGAUGAACAGGCUUUUGGGGACCUCACGGAGCUGCCCGUGAUGCCCAAAGCUGGUUACGGGCUCAAGCACGCUGAGUCCGUGCUGUCCUUCCACAUCGACCUGGGGCCGUCCAUGCUUGGCGAUGUCCUAAGCAUCAUGGACAAGGAAGAAUGGGACGAGGAUGAGGAGGAGGGUGGUGGUUACCGUGACAACCAUUACCACGUCGACCGUUACCACGACAACGAGGAAUGCUGCACCCAUUGGCCGCCACUGCCAUGGGGUCUGCUACCCCCAACAAGGCAGGGGGGCCAAGUGCGUGGCCCCUGACUCGUCCCCACUGCCGCUCCGCCCGGGGCUCUGCAGGAAGAGGAGGGGUACGGGGCGAUGGCCCCCAGCCCCGGCUCAGCCCGCAGCGUGGGCAGCCGCACCACAAGGGACAGGCAGCUCUCUGUCCAGUCUGCAACCUCGGGGGUCCUGGAAGAACGCAGCCCGGCCUUCCGGGGUCCCGAUGGUGCCUGCGCCCCGCUGCACAGGCAGCCGGACCCGGAGUUCUCCUUCAUGGAUGAGGAGGAAGAGGAUGAGAUCCGGGUGUGAGGGGCCCUCCCUGCCACCUGAGCCUCCCCUCCCUACCCAGACCCCCCACCCCCCCAGAGCCCACGUCCUGCUGCUCCCAGCAGCCUCGACUUCGUGGACAGAGGACGUGUGUGGGCCCACCAUGUCUGGGAGCCCCUUUUGAUGGAGGACUUGGGGGCGCUGACAUGGCGAUGGUGUCUGAGCACUGGGGUGGGUGUAGCUGCAUUGCCUGACUCAGAUGGC